AUGGACAGAGAUGAAGAAAACUACUACGGAAAACAUGGUGAACCAAGGAAAUUUGACCCAAAGUUCAGAGGACCCAUUCAUAACAGGCACUGUACAGACAUUAUUUGCUGUGUGAUCUUCAUAGUCGUCAUUCUGGGUUACAUUGCAUUAGGAAUUGUGGCUUGGGUGCACGGUGACCCCAGGAAAGUGAUUUAUCCAACUGACAGCUAUGGGCAGUUCUGUGGUCAGAAAGGUACCCUCAAUGAGAACAAGACCAUUUUGUUUUACUUUAACAUUCUGAAAUGUGCCAGCCCCGUAGUGUUAAUAAACCUACAGUGCCCUACAACACAGCUUUGUGUCUCAAAGUGCCCAGACAGGUUUGCAACCUAUAUUGAUGUUCAGGCUUCCUACAGAUAUAAACCAGAUCAGUGGAAUUACUUCAGGCAGUUCUGCAAACCUGGUUUUAACAAUCCUCGCAAGUCUGUUGCUCAAGUCCUACGUGAUGAAGAUUGUCCUUCGAUGGUCAUUCCAAGCAGGCCUUUCCUUAAGAGAUGCUUCCCAGACUUCUCCACGAAGAAUGGUGUGCUAACCGUGGCAAAUCAAACUACGUUCAAAGAUGGAAGAGGGAAAACAAGAAAUGUAACUGAUCUCAGGGAAGCUGCAAAUGGCAUCAAUAAUGUCCUGGAUGCAAGAUCAGUUGGAAUGAAAAUUUUUGAAGACUAUGCCAUUUCUUGGUAUUGGAUUUUAAUUGGGCUGUUCAUUGCAAUGAUUGUGAGUCUGCUCUUCCUUGUGUUACUGAGGUUCACAGCUGGGGUUCUCUUCUGGAUUUUCAUCUUUGGUGUGAUUGGAAUUAUAGGUUAUGGCAUCUGGCAUUGUUACUGGGAGUACGAUCAUCUUAAAGGAAUACCUGGAUCUGACCUCACUGUUUACGAUAUUGGAUUCCAGACAGACUUUAGAGUGUACCUGCAACUGAGGCAAACAUGGUUAGCAUUUAUGAUAAUACUUUGUGUUGUUGAGGUCAUAAUCAUACUGAUGCUGAUCUUUCUAAGGAAUCGGAUCCGGAUUGCUAUUGCACUGUUAAAGGAAGGUAGUAGGGCUAUUGGCUAUAUAAUGUCUACAUUGUUCUACCCAAUCAUCACCUUCAUACUCAUUGCAAUCUGUAUUUCCUACUGGGCUGUGACAGCUGUUUUUCUGGCUACAUCAGGAGAACCUGUGUAUAAAGUAAUGGCUAAUCAAACACUGUGCAAGUAUGCAAACCUGACUUGUGACCCAGAGGUAAGUGUAACAAAUAUUUAUCUAUA